UGAAGAUGUUUGUCGUGACCGUCGAGGUCGCAUUCAGUAACCACGCUGUAGAGAGAGUGAGAGGCUAUUACAUUUCAACCAUCUUUCACCUCUUCACACUCUCACUUCUCCGGUGAAACCAACGUUCAAAUCCGCCGCCAUCUCCGCCGCAUUCGCUUCUUCUCCUCCGCCGCCAAUUCAAACCAUUGCUCUGAAUCAUGACAAUGGCCGUCGAUUCCGCCUGCCAGGAGUUUUUAGAUGGGAAUGGAAAUGCUUCUGGUGAUUUUUCGUGUUUGAAGUUACCUGAACCGAGUGUUGAUGAUCUUAGCAGACAGUUUCCACUAGAGAUUCUGCCGAUUCUGUUUGAAGAGGCUUCACAUCCAGCAGGAUCGCACGGUUCACAUGCUCGAGAUAUUUAUAGUAUUUCAAUGUUGCCUGAGGGAGAUGAAAGUGCAAACUGUGCUUUACCACUAGCUUUCUUAAGCAUCUUAGAGGUUCCUAAUCAAGCCAAAAGUUCAAUGUGUUUAGAUGAUCAAAUAAAUUGUCAAAACUGCAUUGAUGUACAAAUGGAGAGCUCAGAUGUGUAUUCACAGUGCGUGAUUGAUAUACCUAGUGUGAACGGAAACCCUGUUUCACCUGAAUCCUUUGAAGAGGGAGUUGAAAGUUUUAAAACCGGCAACUCACCUACUAGUGUACUGUGGAGGGAAUCAAGUUUAAAAGUUGGUGCAAAACUUAUGCAGAGUUUGUCGAACCUCAGCAAUCAAAGAGAACCGAGUAAAUUAACAGAUAAACCAGUCACAGAGAAGGUGCACGAUAUGCCAAUAAACAAAUGGAGAAGAUAUAAGCGCUCUGCCUCAUUUGAUUCGAGAAAAGUUGCUCUUCUGUUUUCAAUAUUGUCAAGUUUGGGAACAUUGGUGUUGAUUUAUCUGACACUGAGGGUCCGUGUUCAUAUUUAAAGGACCCAUCUUGGUCUGCCUCCAGCUAAAGUGUAAAAUGUUUCAACCUAUCACUUGAAUUGUAAUAGAGCUCCAUGUAAUGUAAUGUUUUUUUUUUAUAAGCAAACAAUAUAUUAAUGGGAGGGAUACUAAGUAAUGUAAUGUUGAAGAUAGAAUCUGAGAAAUGUGAACUCACUGAUUUAUUUAUUA